AUGAAUAAUAUAAUUGUAAAUAUAUCAAAUAAUGUAAAUUCGAUCCUUUCAAUUGUUGGUAAGGCAACUCUCGAUUCUUCAGAGCCAACAUCAGGAUAUUUAUUAUUAGAGUUACAAAACGAAACUUUUAAAUCAAUAGAAAAGUGCGAGGAUAUUUUAAAAAAGUUAUUAGAAAGAUUAAAAAAAGAAUCAUCACACGUAAAAUUAAAAUCAUUAAAAUGUAUCAAGCAUCUAAUGUUAAAAGGCAAUCCAGUUUUCAAACAGGAAUUAUUAUUAAACUCUAAUGAAAUUUAUAAAUGCACAUCAUAUAAUGGUAAACAAGAUGCUAUUUAUGGCGAUAACCCAUAUAUGUUAGUUAGAAAAGAAGCUCAAGAUAUUUUAAAUAUGUUAUACCAAUAUUCAAAUAACGAUAAUAAUAGCGGCAACAACAGUAAUAAUAGUUAUAAUAAUAAUGAAUUAGCAUUAUAUGAGGGAUAUGGUAAUUCAAUUGUAGUGGUACCACAACAACAAAGGGUAAUGGUUGGCGUUGGGAGCAGUGGUGCAAUUACAAAUGCUCCUGUUCAGCAAUUAACACCGAUGGAUGAAAUUAAGCAGGAUAUCAAACAAAAAAUACAAUCGUUACCAUCAAAAGUUUUUAAUACAGAACAAUCUAAAUUAAGUUUUGAAUCAGUCCCAAAUACAGACCCCAAUCAAUUUUCUUUGGUACCACUAAGAGAUGGUACUCACUUUAUAGAUAAUAGUAAUAAUAAUAAUAAUAAUAACAGUUUCUCAGAUACCGAUCCAAACAAUCCAUACUUGGGAACAGAUGAAUAUAUUAAUAUAACAGGUUAUAUAGGUAAUGAAACCUCUUCGAAUUUAUCCACCUCAUCAAUUUCAAAAUUCUUUUCCUAUUAUAAACAGUUAUCCUCAGAAAGCACUGAAAACGUUCUAUCAAUUCUUUAUUAUUCCAUUGAGUCAUCAAAAAAGUGGCAAACUAAGCAAAAAUAUCUUUGUUUAAUCGAAUUUUUAAUUGUUCAAAAAAUCGAAACAGCAAUUCAAUUCUAUAAAUCAAAUAAUACUCAUUUAAUUAAUAUUUCAAAUUCGAUUCAUUUAGGUCCAAGAGAAAAAUCAAAGUCGAUUUUAAGAUUACUUGGCAUUGAUUUCGAAAAGGAUUUACAAUCAAUUCAAGAGCAGCAAAAAAAACAAAAAGAAUUAUUAGAAAAACAAUAUCAAAAUAAUAAUAGUAAUAACAAUAAUAGCAAUAAUAGCAGCAAUAACAGUAAUAACAAUAGUAAUAAUCAAACAGGUAGUAUUUUUAAUUUCGAUACAGAUCAAUCACCUGUAACCUCACCAAAUCAAAAUUUAUUUGGAGGUUUAAAUGUAAAAAACAAUAUGGGUAAUAAAAGUAAUAAUAAUUUCAAUAAUUCAAGUAAUAACAAUUUAAUUGGAGAUUUAGAUUUCCUUGAAAUAAAAAGCGAUAAUAAAAAUAAUAAUAUGAAUAAUAAUAUGAAUAAUAUGAAUAAUAUGAAUAAUAAUAAUAAUAAUAAAAAUAAUAAUAUCAAUAAUAAUAUGAAUAAUAAUAAUAAUAAUAUCAAUAAUAAUAUGAAUAAUAAUAAUAAUAUCAAUAAUAAUAUCAAUAACAAUAAUAAAAACAUUAAUAUUAAUAACACUAGUAAUAAUAGUUUACCAAAAACUGUUUCAAAUAGCUUUGAUACUUUAGAUCCAAUAUAUUCAAAUAAUAAUAAUAAUAAAUCAUCCAGUAUUAUGGAUGAUUUCGAUUUUUCAUCUCUUUCUUUUUCAAAUACCACACCCUCAUCAAAUACCCUCAAACCAUUAUCUCAGUCAACUCCAGCUACACCCAUUAUAGUCCCAAAUAGUAGCGUUAAUAGUUCACCAUUAUUAAAAAGCAGUAAUAAUGGAUUAAAUGAUUUCGAUUUUUUUGCAACUGCACCAAAUACAAAUAAUUGCAAUAAUAAUAACAAUAAUAAUAAUAAUAAUAAUAUUAAAAAUAAUAUUAAAACAAACAGUAAUAAUACCAAAGUUAAUAGCGAUUCUCCAUUUGGUAUUUUAGAUUCUUAUAUUACAACACAAAAAUAA